UCCUGCGAAGCACUGCAAACACAGAGAGCACAGUUUCUGUUCAUUACACAAAGCAGCUCCCUACAGGAGACAGACCUACUUGUCACAGAAACUGCAGCACUUCACAACCGUUUAAACAGGUCAGCUGGGACAAAAAUACUGAAGACUUACUGACCAGUGUAUUGCAAAAGGUGCCAACAAAGAAGAUUAAAAGUCUGGCUGUGAAGUGAUGGGUUUUUCUACGGGAAGAGGCCCAAAUAGCUAAUUGGAAAUGCGAUGCUUGGUGGGCCAAGCCUUCUGCUCUGGAGCGUUGGUUCUGCUGUGCCUGAGCUUGUUCUCCUGGCAACCAAUCUCAACAGCCCCUGGAAGCCCGGAUUACCUGCAACGUGGCUGGCAGAGGCUGCUGGAGGAAGGGGAGAGCUGUGCCGACUGCCAACCAGACGAGUGCCCCCCUCCAAGAGGAUGUCUGUCAGGGGUGGUGAUAGACCACUGUGACUGCUGCUGGGAGUGCGCCAAUCUGGAGGGGCAGAUCUGUGACUUGGACAACACCAACCACUUCUAUGGAAAGUGUGGGAAGAACCUGGAGUGCAGGCUGGACCUUGGAGACCUGUGGGAGGGGGAGGUCCCAGAGCCUCAGUGUACCUGCGUCUCCAAUAAGGCAGUCUGUGGCACUGAUGGCAAGACCUACCCCCAGAUCUGCAAAUUCCAAGAGGCAGCCAAUGCCCAGCCUCAUGCCAACCUGACAGUGUCCCACGAGGGUCCAUGUGAAGCAGCUCCCCACAUCAUCUCACCACCCUAUGACAUAUGGAACGUGACAGGGAGGGAUGUCAUUUUUGGCUGUGAGGUCUUUGCCUACCCCAUGGCUUCCAUUGAGUGGAGAAAGGAUGGCACAGAAAUGUUUCUACCUGGUGAUGACCCACAUAUAUCUGUUCAGUUUAGGGGCGGUCCCCAGAAGUAUGAGGUGUCAGGCUGGCUGCAGAUUCAGCGAAUUCGGCUGACAGAUGAGGGAACUUACCACUGCCAUGCGAAGAACCGACACGGGGAAGUGGCAGCAAAGGCCAGUCUAACUGUUAUACCACCAGACCAGAUGAAUCUGACUGCACUCCACCUGCUCAGAUUACCCCAUCACCAAGAGGAAGACUUCUCCAACGCUGAGGACUUUGAUGACUAUUAUUAAACCAGCCUCACUGAAAUCUCCUUCAGUGUUUUCCAGUGUCUCAGACUACUCAGUUUGAAUCCUAUCAGGAAAAACUGUUCAUUUUGGUCAUCUUCUAGAGCAGAAGAGAGCAGUCGAUUUCACUUUGCUAGUUAUAUGAUCCUGGUGUUCCCUUCUAAACCCUAUAUUGCUUUUUUUUUUUUUUUUUUUCCUGUCUAUGCAACGUCCUGCCAAUUACAAUUGAUUCUGAAGGAGCUUCCUGUUACAGUACUGUGUUAACAAGAUGAGGUCUGCAAAAGAAAGCACUUGUAACAUUCCCCUUAUUUUCUUCAGACAUGAUUAGUUGCAUGUGCCAUGUUGAGUGAUCUUGAUGUGAUUUACCAUGUAUGGUGGCUAAAUUUGAAUUUUUAAAUUAUUCAAAGACUGGACAAUUUAUUUUGCCUGUUAUUGUAUUUCAAUGCAAGUCUAGGCUGAAACUGUCUCUGUAUGAUUUCCUCUGUCUGCCUAAAGCUUUUUUUUUUUUUUUUCAAUGUUACCAGAAGUGAAAAAAGUAUUUCUGUGCUGUUGGCGCCAGCUUUGUAUGACAUGUUUUCUUGGUAUGUACCUGUCUUUCAGAAAACCCAUAACAGUAUGGUCAGUUGUUGGUUCUACUAU